AAAAAAAAAAACCUUUGGCCAAAAAAGCUAUUCUCUAAACGGGUCAUUCUUUCGGGUUCCCGCCAUGGGAACACGAUUACUCUCCCAAUUCCAAUUUCAACAUUCAACUGCAAAUUUGUUGGACUCCAGAUCUUAGUGAAAAUGGAGUGGAGCUUAAGCGGAAACGCUCUGAAGACAUUGGCGAGGUCCAUCACCUGCCUUGCCCGAAUCGGAAAUGAGCUCGCCAUUCAAGCUUCUCCUUCCCGGCUUGCCUUUCAUACCCUUAACUCCUCAAGGUCUGCCUAUCAGAAUUUCACAUUUAAGCCUGAUAUCUUUGAUGUUUAUACGGUAUCUGGUUCCCAGGUGCAAGCUAGUUUGCUCUUGAAGGCUAUUUGCUCUGUGCUUCGGACUCCUAUUUCGAGUAUUGAUAACUUGAAUGUUCUGUUGCCUGAUCCUGAUGCGCCAAAGAUGCAGUGGACUUUGAACUGUUAUAACGGAAUGAAGAAAUCUUAUUGGAUUACUUGCAACAUUGAACCUGAUAUUCAGCAAUUAUCACUUGAUAGGAGAAAGCUCCCCAGCAACUUCGUAGUGAGACCUCGUGAUCUGAACCGCUUGCUGGGUAACUUCCAGACAAACCUUCAGGAGAUAACAAUAAUAGCAACAGAGCCUACUUCUUUUCCACCUGAUGCAGCAAAUGAAAUAGGUGGAAAAGCGGUUGAGCUAAGGAGCUAUAUAGAUCCUACAAAAGACAAUGAUGCGUCAUUGCACACUCAGCUGUGGAUUGAUCCUACGGAAGAAUUUGGCCAGUAUACACACAGUGGGGACCCAGUAGAUGUAACCUUCGGGAUGAAAGAGUUGAAGGCAUUUCUUUCUUUUUGUGAAGCAUGUGAAGUUGAUGUUCACCUUUAUUUCGAGCAAGCUGGAGAACCAAUUCUGAUGGCUCCCAAGUUUGCAAUAGAUGAUAGCUCGAUCUCUAAUUUCGAUACUACUCUAGUACUGGCUACCAUGCUCGCGUCACAGUUGCACCAUGGAACCUCAACACAAGCUCAACAAAUGGAGGCUUUGCAUGGCCAGGCAGGUCAAAGAGCCAGUGCUGAAGGUCCAAUGUCAAGGGGUAAUAUGUCUGAGUAUCCAUCUGAUCACACCAGAAUAUGGUCUGAGCUUUCAGGAUGUGCCGCAAGAAGUCAUAAUAGCUCUGAAGUCAGGCAAGUUCAAGGAGAAAGAAACCAGCGUACAACAGAGCAAGGAGAGUUCCAGAGGUUUAGUGCAAUGCACAUCUCUAAAGAUGGUUCUUCUGUGGUUGUGCCCAAUGUUCAAAACAAGUAUCCUUCAACAUCAAUUUGUUUGACUCUUAGACUCUUACAACGAAAAUGCUAUAAGAGAUGGAAAAUAUAAGUUAAUAAUGUUUGAGACUCUGGUGAGCACUUUGUUAUGCCACCUUUCUUUAUAAAGUACUUCUUUAUGUUUAUAUCCUUGACUAAAAGUUUUAGCCGUCCUCUUGAGAGAAAUCAUAUGGAAGAUCCCCGUGGUAAGCGAGAAUGCAAUUAGUAUGUUUAUCUUGGGUCAGUUAUCAAGCAAUAUACUCUACAUACUUUGUUUUGUUCUCAGGGAGGACAGAAGCUCAUACUCAGGUAUCUCAGCGCCAUCCCAGUAACUGGGUGGAUGCCGACGAAGAUGAUGAAGACACUGAGGAAGCUGAGAUAUGUGUGCAGUCAACACCUCCCUGCUAUGAAGAGUGAUGGAGAUGAUUUGGUGCCCGAUUCUAGGUUGUUACUUGCAGUUUUUGGUAAAUGCUCAGUAGCCCUUUACUUCCAUUUAUCGGUUAACCAUUUGAAGAAAAUUCAUGAUAAUGAUGAUGCAUGCCAUGAAAAGUUAAGAGUUGCAUUCAGAUUCAAGCGUAUUUAAAGAAUGGACUUGGCCUUGUGCCGUUGUAUAGAUUUUUAAGUUGGACCUUUAUGAAAGAUUGGUUGAUUAGGAAACGUCAUUUGUACAAUUAUGGAAUAUGCUACAGAGAGUAAUUCUCAAUCUUCAGCAAAAGACUAGUUAUAUUCCUUUUGAUUGUUCUAGCUUUUGUGGUUAAGCAUGCUGAGCUCAGCUGGCCCGAUUUCAGCCAAAGAAUGUUGGACGAAUUCAUUCUUUCUAACAGCUCACAUUUCUGAUACGGGAGGGGGGGAUGUCUUUGAAUUUCCACACUGGAGUAAUUAUUCCGUUAUAAUAUUCAGGUCUGCACAGAGAGGAUAUUUUGUUAUACAAAUCUUCAAACUCGAUGUAAACUAUUUGUUUGGAACAAAUGGAGUAUUUUUUUUUUUUUUUUUUUGAAGUUCUAUUAUCAG